AUGCACAUUUCAACGACGAUCUGGAUGCUCGCUGCCUGUCUGGGGACUGUUAUCAACGCUUCUGAUAUACUGGAAGUGAAUCUGGUUUUUCCGCGCAAUGAAACAUAUGCGCCCAACGAAACCUUCCCUAUUGUCUUUGCGUUCAAGAAUUCUGAGCGCGCGAGACACCUAAACCCUUCAAUCAGUUACAGUUUAAGAAACGACCUACUCUACCUGUGGCAUGAACUCCACUGGGUAAACUGGACAAACCAGGAGACCUAUUUUGCCCACCGAUACACCAGCGAUUUCAGCACCGAGGGUCGUUGGAGCGUAUUCUGGACCAUAGGUUGGAAUAGUUGCAACGUCGAAUCACCCGAAUAUGGCAACGAGGUGAUCAGGAACAACACCAACAAGGUAACCGUGUUCACGACCAGCAAUUCUGCCCCGAAGCUGGACCCCGUUGCUUCUACGGCCAACAAGACAUGUACCGGGCAACCAGGCGUGGCGAUCAAUGUGACGGGCAAAACCAAGUUCAUCAGCAGCGCACUUUGGGAGGGCGGUAAAUACACCAACCAUACAUGCGCCGUUGUGGCAGCCUCCCCGACUCCUUCAACGAAUCCCUGUCGGACUCAAAUUGACAAGACUACUCUUGCCAGCAUGGAGGCCUCAAAAUUGGCCCGUUACUGCAAUUUACACUUCAACAAACCAGCAGAGUGCCCGGAUCAGAAGAGUGCCGCACAACCAUUAGCGGUGAUGGGUCUCUCCUGCUUGCUAGGCCUUGCUGGGGCGUUGGGUUUCUUUCUUGUAUGA